AUGGUUGCGUACAAGGGAGGCCAACCUGAUAAACCGGUUGAGGCAAUCGUGGCCGUGGCCGUGGCCGUUGAACAAGUCGGAACAGCGCUUGCACUGGCACAAGAUACGAUGGUCGCAAGAGAUACGACACCGAAAGACAGCAUAUCGAACAUAUUGGUCAAGUUGGUGACGGACAAGUCUCUGUACUUCAUUCCACAAGCACGUUGGACCGCGGCCAUGCCUUCAACAGCUGUCAAGGACAAAUUCUUCCACUUUGUCCUGACAGCUGUCACGACAGCAUUCUUCACCAUGACCGCUCUGUUCGGCGCAUACUCGACUUCGGCCACCUCGAUCUCUCUGGUCGUGAAGAGGUUCAGCUCAGCAAUCGCCGUUUUGAGAAUCUUGCAAAGCUUGACCUCUGCCUCAACCUCGUUUCUCCUCAACUAUACCCUCGAAGUCAUCCAGUGGACCUUGUGCAGUCGAAGAGAUGGACUGCGCCUUCUGAGCUUUCUAAGCAUUUCCCCCACUACCGGCUUUCCUGCGUGGGCGGUGGUGAGGUCAGUACAGUCCUCUAGGAAGCCCGUCACCCCUGACGCCGAACAGGCUCAUUCUCAUGGCAAGUUCUUGGGUCGCUGGAAUCGUCUUAUUCAGUUUGUCAUCCUCGGCAUAUCUCCCACUGUCAUUUCGCUCACGUCGACUUGUCUAGUCAAAACCAAAGUCGCGACAGUCUACGAUCCUUACUACACAUUCAGUGCUACGGCUGGCGUGGGGCUGUUUAACGGAUCAUUGGCGAGGCAGAUGAUAGGUGCUUUUCAUGGGACCAUCACAUAUCAGGUCCUGGCCUACUCAUACAACUUUGUCACAAACACCCAAUUCUCCGUCAGGUCACCCCCCGUGGCAUGCUCCGGACAUUGCGACUCGUACAUCUUUCCCGGCGCACUGUGGUCCUUGCAACCUCCCUUCCCAAGGGAUGCACCACUUGACGCUGUCGUCAAUAUUGGCGUAUCACCUGCGAUACAAUUGGACUUUAUGCGCGGUCUGGAUAUCGGUGACACAUUUUUCCCCCAGGACUGCACCGUUUACCAUGAGAACGGGGUCCGAUAUGGUUUGAUGGUGUGUUUGGCAAAGAGCAAGCUGCACCCUGAGUCAACUAUUGCUGGUUUGUUUUUAUGCUCCGAGGUUCGUGAGGGAAGUUGUAUUACGUCUCGUGUUCCAUUCAGUCUCACUACUACCCUGACGGUGUACGGUCUCAGCACUUCGACAGCUUGUUCCAGGGGGAAUAACAGCAUCCUCUCUAUUGCUGAUGUCGGAAAGCCGGCAGUGCACGAGGUCGACGUCGGCCCGCUGGGCUCAGCGCUGGAUUGGCUUCUGAACUCGACCGCACAGGGGCUGCCACCAGCGUCGUCCCUGAUUUUCUUGUUCUCAAAUGCGGCACCAGGGGCAAACUAUGAUGAGUGGUCCAUCAUCACGUAUCCGUCGCUGGAGAGCAUCCUCGCAUUCCCGAUCUGGCAGUUCAGCAUCAAAGGGGAUUCAACGGCAGAAUCACUUCCGCCCGAGUUCCACACCUCGGCUUCCCUGUCCAACCCUCUCGACAAGAUCGUACUCAACCAAGCGGCCUUUCUCGUCUACCUUGUCCUCCAAACGACCGUGGUUGCCUUUCUCUGGGUGGUUUUGUUCUGGCGCUGCCUCUGGAAGUCCAGCACUCCCCCAUUGUCGGCGUAUCCCUUGAUCGACUUUACCGCCAAACUGGACACUCGAUACAAGAUUGGUGAGUUUCGUCCCACAUGUGACCUGAAGAAGGAAGUCGCGACCGACGCGGAGAGCAAGGAAGUCAUUGACGCCUUGGUCGAGGUGAUGGUCCUCGAUCGAGCUUUGGGCGAAGAGCAGCUUCUGCGAAAGCGGAUUUUGAUGAUGUAG